AUGAAUUGCAUUUCACCCCUGUUGAGUUGCAGUGGUAAUGUUAGGAUACCAAAUGAGACAAUGAGGUUGAUUAUAACAACAUUUGGUGGAGUUAUUUUUGGCUUCUUUUUAGGAAUAAUAUCUCCAAAGCUUUCUUCAACUAAGGUUACACUCAUUUACUGUUUCAAUAUGUUUACAGUAAUCAAUCUUACAUACAUUGAGAGCAAAUAUCAUGGUCUUUCGACUCAAGCACUAUUCGAUGCUUUGAACCCUCUCAAGGCUAAUAAGGUCGGGUCUAACAAAGCCAAAGGAGCAAAGAUAUGGACUCCAACAAAUCCAAAGGGUGCUGAAACACUCCCCCCUGGUAUAGUUUCGUCUAGAUCUGAUAUAUAUCCUCGACGAUUAUGGGGUCAUCCUGAUAAGGACUUAACCAUCAAACCAAAGUAUCUUGUAGCGUUUACCGUUGGUUAUAAUCAGAAACACAACAUAGAUGCAGCUGUGAAAAAGUUCUCAAACAACUUCACAAUUGUAUUGUUCCAUUACGAUGGAGUGACCAGUGAAUGGGAUGAAUUUGACUGGUCAAAGAGAGCUAUUCACGUGAGUGCUCCAAAGCAGAGUAAAUGGUGGUUUGCGAAGCGCUUUUUGCACCCCGACAUUGUUGCACCGUAUGAUUACAUCUUUAUAUGGGAUGAAGAUCUCGGUGUGGAGCACUUUAAUGCAGAGGAAUACAUCAAAAUUGUGAGGAAACAUGGCUUAGAGAUAUCCCAACCGGGGUUAGAUCCGGAUAGUGUUGGGUUGACAUGGGCAAUGACAAUGAAGAGAAACGACACUGAAAUUCACACGAGAACUCAAGAGAGAACUGGUUGGUGUACUGAUUUGCAUUUGCCUCCAUGUGCAGCAUUUGUUGAGAUCAUGGCUACCGUGUUCUCUCGGAAUGCAUGGCGAUGUGUUUGGCAUAUGAUUCAGAAUGAUUUGGUUCACGGAUGGGGUCUCGAUUUUUAUCUUAGAAGAUGUGUCGAGACUCCACAUGAGAAAAUAGGAGUUGUAGACGUUCAGUGGAUUGUACAUCAAGGUAUUCCUUCUCUACGGAACCAGACAUUUUCCAUGGGUCAAGAAGACAUUGGACUGGCACCAUGGAAAGGGGUUAGGGAAAGGUGUAAGAAAGAAUGGAGCAUGUUCCAAAAUAGGAUGACUGAUGCAGAGAAAGCAUAUUAUGAAUCAAUGGGGAUUAGCACUACCGACAUAACUUAUGGGAUGGACCCUUCUGAUUUUAGGAGAUAGACAAUUUCUUAUUUGUUUGGUCUUUAGGUAUUUACUCAUUUUAUAAUUAAUUUUACUCAGAUCGUUUUGGGAUAAAUUUUAAAACUAUACAUGAAUUCUAGUCUAAUGUGCAAUUCUAUACAUAUAUUUUGAUUUUGUGUAAUUUUACACAUGAAAUUUUAAUUUGAUUCAAAUUUUAUAAAUUAUUAACACAAUUAUUGAUAUAGCAUAAUUU